AUGCUAAUUCUUUCAACACAGAUGGUAAUUUCUUAUACUUUAUAUUUUAGGAUGGAAUUGUUUAAAUAGUAACUGUAAUUUUUAUAGUUGUUAUGGGAGUAAUUAUUUUGGGUAAUAUGAUACUUCUUCACCUCAUGGUGUUAUUGUUAGUAGAAUAUUUUUAAAUCUAGAGAAUCAUUCUCAUAUCACAGUGGAAUUACAGUUGUUAUAGUAAGAUAAUAAAAAUUUCAAUAGAUAUUUAGGUCAUUAUAAUGCUCCUGUUUUUAGCAUAGACCAUAAUUAUAGAAAUGAUCUUUCUGUUACCUCUUAAAGCCACACAUGUGGAAGAAUAGUAACGAUAUCUGGAACUAUUUAACAUAGAAGAUCAACUCUUUGGACAUGGAUAAAUAACUAUUGGGUAGGAGGAUUUGUAUCAUUCUCAUUAAGUAUCAUUGAAUGUUAGUAUGAUUGCGCUGGGUGCAUAGAGAAUUAGCAAAUAUUUUGCUUAAAUGGUUAUUUCAUUCAUAUUCAUUAAAUUAGAAAUAUAUCACAAUCUCAAAUGGAUGGACUUUUUCAUCAAAUUAUUUUUAAGACUUUAAUUGUGGAGGUUGCUAAUACUUGCAAUUUUAGCAAAUUAAAUAUUAGACUUGGCUACCUCUUCAUUAAGAUGUAUUGAUAAAUUUUUUUAUAUAUGAUCCAAUUACAAUAAUUGUAGAUUAUUCAUGUGGAAUAAAAACCUUAAGUACUUCUGGUGAUUAAUAAAUAGAAGUACUAAUAGAAAACCAUUGUGAUCCUAUAUUAUCAUUGAAAAUUACAACUCUACCAACCUCUAAUUAUUGUUUUCUAAGAGAUUUUGAGGUAUUUUAUACUUAACCAGAAAAACAGAUAGUUAACAAAUUGAAUGAAGGUUGUUUAGAGUAUAUUGAUGACAAAUGCCUGAUUUGUUAAGAAGGCUGGAUUGAAGAUAAGUUUCUUGAAAAUUGCCAUCCAAUUUGUGGUGAUGGAAUGAUUUAAGAUUAAUAUUGUCAUAUAAGUGUAUCUUAAACUUAAGCAGAAAUAGUAGUAAGCAAAUUGAAUGAAGGUUGUUAAAUGUAAAUUGAUAAUUCGUGCUUGAACUGCAAAGAAGGUUGGAUUAAAGAUGAUUUUCUUGACAAUUGUCAUCCAUUUUGUGGUGAUGGAAUUAUAUAAGGUUAAGAAGAAUGUGAUGAUGCUAAUCUAAUAUCUAAUGAUUCUUGUUAUUAAUGCAAAUAUUCAUGCAUCAACUUUUGCAAAACCUGUGUAUUUGGAAUAUGUUUUGAAUGUGUGUUUUGA